AUGUCCAAAAGAGUGGUAAUGAAAGGAAUGAUGAUCAUAUAGCAGAAAUCUCAAUCACCAUGCAAGAUGAAUCCUCAUGUACACAUUUAGUGAUCCACUCUUGCGUUAUUCCAUAUUUAGAUUUAUUUGAUUCACUCCCCCAAGAUGAUCACAAAUUCCUUGAAAACAUUAAUAAGAGUUGGGACGCAUUCAUGGAAAGUGAUACCGAGUCAAGAGCAGGUGAUUUAAAUUUCCAUGAUAUAUGUGAAGAAGAAAAGACACAUCUAUUACACGGUGUCAGCAUGGUGAUUCUCCACAUCAUUCCCUGGAGACCUCUUUUGAGUUGUCGGUGAUUUUUAGUUCAAUCAAGGUAUUGAUUUGUGAAUUAUGUCCACAUAAAGAGGAUGAGGGGUUCAUUCUACCCAUCGUUACUGAUGAGGUUCCAGAAGACCACGUGAUACAUAUGUGGUUUCAAGAAUUUAAAAACCUUCUACACCGAUUGACAUUUGUUGAGAGUAACUUGGAGGCUUUGAAAAUUAAUGUACCAUUAUAGUCCUUGAUGUUUGAGAGCAUAUAAGGUAGCGUCGGGCACACAACGUUAAAAAUAGCGCUUCUUGGAAGGCACACCAAGCUUCUUUUCGCAUUAUUUACUUUACUCUUACUUAAAAAAAAAAGAGAAAAAAAAAACUUUUUAUGUUUCAUGCUUCUCGGGAUAUCUUUAUCUGUGGUGAUAUUUAUUGUAGCUGACAAACUUUGAUCGAAAUGAUUUUCCUUUGCAGUGCUUCAGCCACUGCAUUUAUCUGAGCAAAAGC